AUGUCGAAAUACGGUAUAUCUCCGGGUCUAGUCCUUACCGACCUGUAUCUAGAGAAGUUCUUCCAAGAUAUCACCCAGUUUCCUCAAGCCGAGGGUAUUUUCGGUGGCAGCUUGGCGAAUUUUAGGGAUCUGUAUAAGAGCAUGAGAGAAGGGUCGCCGAUACGACCUGCACUGACUGCUCUCGUAAUCGCAUUAGCUGCUCGGGAUGGGAAAGGCGCUGUCAACGAUAACAGUUCCCUGGGAAUGACUGGAGUGCCCACUCCAGGACUUGCUUGGCAUAUCACCGCGGCAGCGUCUAUCGUACAGGGCCUACAAGAAACCGAAUACUCAGAUCCCAUCACCCAAAGACUGCUCUGCGGUCUCAUCUCCCAAGCGAUGUACCAUUUCGUGUGCUUCGAGGCCCCUCUUGCAUUCGACAUCAAAAUACUUGAACACCUCUACUCUGCUCUUACCGUGAAACCCUCGCUUACUCCUCGCGAAAUCCUCUGGAGGCAUACUUGCACCGCUCUCAUGCUCCAGAUACGCAUCACAACCCUCCAGUCACACGCUUCAUUCGCAUAUCCUGCUACGUCAGAAGCAUCCGCCAUCGUAUCGUCACUAAUAUCACUCUCUGCUGCCCUAGCAUCCCGGCCAUCGCAACUUCCCCUUGGCCAUGAAUAUACCACCCACACUCUGUCCAUCGCCUCGCCCGAUAUAUACAAGCCUACAGUACACCAAUAUACGUCCUUUUGGGUGGCAAAUGACUGGGCCCACUUCCGGACUCUUCGUUUGUUCACAAUGAGACAGGUGAUGAUAUGUACACAGCUGAGCGCUGGCUGGUCGAGUGAGUUUGAAACGCUCUGGACCCAGCUACCGAAUACCCGUGCGCAGAUUCAAGAUGUUAUUGACGAUAUUUGUGCGGCUACACCCUUCCAUAUAGGUUAUCGCGAGAUGCCUCCAUCACCGCCAGUAAGCUCCAUGAAUACGAUACCAGACUAUCUGAUCGUCGAUACACCAGGGAGCACUUCCUCAUCUGCAGGUAUUAGCCCACCGCAGAUGGAGUCUUCCUCUUUGAGCAGACCUCCAGCUAUCGCAUCGACAGCAAGGAAUCCCAACCUUCCAACGCUUCAUUUUGCGACUUCAGGUGCCCCUAAUGGCCGCUAUGCACGCCUCAUCAGCGCUGGGCAGAUUAUAUGGCCACUGUGCUUCGCUGGUAUCAUGGCUCACGGGUGGGCGCAGAAGACCUGGAUUAUGGAGAGGCUGGAAUGUGUGGGGCGGGAAUUCGGGUAUGUGCUUGCGGGGACAUUGAGUGAGGCCGUCCAGGCGACAAUGGAUGGCGUUGGUUCCGACGUGGAUGAAUUCGGUGUGAGCAGUAGCUUGGAGGAGGAUUUGGGCCCUUUGGAUACUAGAAUGUGUACCGGAAUCGGAAUCGAGAGCUUGGCAUCCUGGAACUGGCCUGACGAGGGCUAUAGUGCGUUGGGAGGAGAUGAUUUGGGAUUUUAGACUUUGUGCAAGAGCUUGAGACAACAUUGCAAAGGAGAAGAUAGAGACCAUGACUAAAUUUGAAGUUUAUAGGUGUUGCCAGCUUCCCUCCCAAUGGCUCCGGGAUUCCGCUACAUCUCGUAAGCAGAACUUUGUCAAACAGGCAGGAAGAGUCGCGCUGCUUAAAGAAGCAGGUGACCACAACGGGGAUAGCUCGUAGCAAGGAUGGGAUAUAUCCAUUGAUUGGAGAAUGCUAAGUCGUACACACCUGGUGGCUUCACAGUGACUGAAAAUAUAGUGUUUAUUGGCUGCAUUUAUAGACUGUU